AUGCAAGUGGAAAAUGCUGCAGCGAAUGCCGAGCAGUUAUACGCAAAGAUGCAAGUUCAGAACCCUGGACCCUACUGUGAUGAGCUAAAAGCAUUAGAUCGUCGUCUCAAUCUAGCGUUGAAUGGUCGCGAAGCAUGUGGAGCAUUUCAAACAUUAAAAUCAAAAAUGAAAGCAGAUUAUAGGAGAAAAAAAAACAUGAGCGCCAAAAGAGAAGACGAGAAUUUGCAAGAAAACGCCGCAGAAUGUGUUUCGACACAAUUAUAUACCGCCAGAAAUAAUACGUGA